UCAAAUGUGACGCCAUCAAUGGCGAAGAAAACAAAAUUGGUGUGCACGUGCGUUUCGUGUCUUUUUUACUUUUGAGUUGUAAAUUGGAGAACUGGAUCGAGACGGUUGAGUCAGCAGACUUUUAAAAAAGCAUCAUGUCACCCAGAGGCAAAGGAGAAAAAGAAAAUGCUGAUGUUUACUGAAACAUUUCAAUGGAUGUGAAACAGGAGAGCUGUGAUGUGGACAGAAAUGUCAUGGAUAUUAAGGAGGAGGACUGCGAGUUGGAGUCCAUCUACCUUAAACAGGAAAGUCUGAGCAUCAAGGAGGAGAACAGUGAACUGCAGGCAGCGGGCAGUAAAGAAGAACUUGAAGAGAAGUCUGUCAGUAUUGAGAUGCACAACCAUACAAAUCUGAACAGUGUAAAAGAAGACAACCUUCAUGAUGGGUGUCAAGAUGGAGUGGUGACCAGGUUAGACUCUUCUCAAGGCAGACAAUGUUCAUCUCCAGAGCCUUCUGUCAAUGUGAAGACUGAAUCAUUACAGUCUAAACCAAAGGGGACUAAGAAAACUACAUCUGUUAGAGCUCAGGAAAAUUGGCCACCAUCUACAAAGAAGUCUGGAAAAAGAAACAAAGAUCAGUGCAGUUUGAAAUCUGGAAAAGAAUUCUGUGGCAGGAGUGCUCUUCAGAUCCACACUGGAAUUCACACCGGAGAGAAGCCAUAUUGCUGUAAUGAAUGUGGUAAACAGUUUUCACAUAUAAACAGUCUUAAGAAACACACUAGAGUUCACACUGGAGAGAAGCCGUAUUGCUGUAAUAAAUGUGGUAAACAGUUUUCACAUAUAAACAGUCUUAAGAAACACACUAGAGUUCACACCGGUGAGAAGCCGUAUUGCUGUAAUGAAUGUGGUAAACAGUUUUCACAAAUGAGCAAUCUGAAGAGCCACACUAGAAUUCACACUAGAGAGAAGCCAUAUUGCUGUAAUGAAUGUGGGAAACAGUUUUCACGUAUAAACCAUCUUCAGUCCCACGCUAGAGUUCACACUGGAGAGAAGCCAUAUUGCUGUAAUGAAUGUGGUAAACAGUUUUCACAAAUGAGCAAUCUUCAGAAACACACUAGAGUUCACACCGGAGAGAAGCCAUAUUGCUGUACUGAAUGUGGUAAACAGUUUUCACAUAUAAACAGUCUUAAGAAACACACUAGGGUUCACACCGGUGAGAAGCCGUAUUGCUGUAAUGAAUGUGGUAAACAGUUUUCACAAAUGAGCAGUCUGAAGAGCCACACUAGAACUCACACUAGAGAGAAGCCAUAUUGCUGUAAUGAAUGUGGAAAACAGUUUUCACAAAUGAGCAAUCUUCAGAAACACACUAGAGUUCACACCGGAGAGAAGCCAUAUUGCUGUACUGAAUGUGGUAAACAAUUUUCUCGUAUAAGCAAUCUGAAUGACCACACUAGAGUUCACACCGGAGAGAAGCCAUAUUGCUGUAAUGAAUGUGGUAAACAGUUUUCACAUAUAAACAGUCUUAAGAAACACACUAGAGUUCACACCGGUGAGAAGCCGUAUUGCUGUAAUGAAUGUGGUAAACAGUUUUCACAAAUGAGCAGUCUGAAGAUCCACACUAGAAUUCACACUAGAGAGAAGCCAUAUUGCUGUAAUGAAUGUGGGAAACAGUUUUCAAAUAUAAACAGUCUGAGGUAUCACACUAGAGUUCACAACAGAAUUAAAAAAGGUUGCAGUUCAAAAAUCAGUCCAGAAAAACAAGCACCCUUCAGGACUCGAGAGUGAGGUUCACUCCUGUCCUGAAAAGUAAGCAGACUAAACUAUUGUUGACAAAUUAACCUCUGAGAGAAACCGUAUUGCUGAUUGGAAUGUGGCAAACAAAUCUGUCAGAGGAGUUCUCUUCAGGGACGCACCAGAAUUCACACCGGAGAGAAGUGCAGUUGAACUGUCCUGACUAAAGAGCGAGGUUCACUCCUACCUGGACAGUAAGCACAUAUACCUGACUGGAAUCCAUCCUAAUUGGUGUUGUGUCAAAAACAAAUCCACACAUAGGAGAAUCAGAAGUUUAUAUCCUUUUUUCCUUUCCAGAAAUAAAAUUAAGAACAGGGCGUCCUACAAACCGCUUCUCACCAAAGCCCCUACAGCCUCCACCAUGCGCCUAGCUCUGCUUUCAUAACAUACGUAUUACAUAUUGAACUAUUACAAUAUAUUAUACACAUUUCAUAAGAAAAGAACUCUUUACAAUAUACAUAACCUCACAUAAUUGAUCAUAAUUCAACUAUAUAAUAUGUUUUUUUCUAUUUUUAUAUAACAAAAAAUAAAAUAACAUACCUUUCCAAAAACCAACUGUGGCACCCCUCUGCUCUUACUGAGGGUUCUUCCCCGAGUUGUUUGUUUUUCUUUUUUCCUUCUUUACUAACUUUAAAUAUAACCUUUUACCUUAGCAUUCUGAGCAUAACUAUUUCAAGAAACAAACCUUUGUUACUAAUGUAAUUUACAUAAAUCUACCAUAAAUUGCACAAUUCGUUACUGGACCCCACAUAAGGAUAUUAUAGCCACCUGCCAAACGUGAUUUCCCUUUGCCAUUUCUUUAUAAUGGCUGGCUAAGCCAUAUAAAGAAAAAAAGAAAAAGUUCAAUGUUUUAGUUUAAAUAAAUUAACUAUUUACAUAUAUACAUAACCCAUCCAUACAAAAGUAUAAACAUAAUAAUCCAAGAAUAUCUAUAUCAGUGUUGAAUGAGCAGUCCUUUUUUUGAAUGCAAAAAAUUUCAGUAAACAAGUACAAUCCCCUUAUAAAACCUAAGCCGGCAAACUAAAUUAAAGGAACCAAACAAACGUCAGGUAAAAGGUACCACAGGUAAGCGUUGCAGGCCUGUUACUUGAAGGCGAUUGUGACGCUACUCGCCGACGGCCUCUUAUGCUGUAAUAGAGCAGACGGGUCUCGUUUUCUGGUUUCCAGCAGAUGUGCGUUCCCUUUCGUUUCUUUCCUAGCGAGUAUCAAUUCUCGGCGAUAGUUGGUCAGCUGUAACAAUAUCCGAUAUCAGCAAUGUAAUCCAAUGUCUGCAGACUUUGUCCAUGUUCUGCGUUUCAUGGACAGUCCUCCCUAGCUUAUCGGUUUAGUGUUCUCGACCAGUCCAUCCAAUCACCAACACGUUCACUUUUUCUUUCCCCACUGUUAAUUCCGUGCUGGAAUCCGGUCUUUUUUUUUUUUCCUCUCUUUUUAAACUCCUUGCUGAAGUUUACCAUGGACCAGCAUUUCAAUCCUCGCUUUCAGUGCUAAAGCCCAUCUCUCUCCUUUCUUUUCUUGCCCCUCCUUUUCUCGUCUCUUCUGACCUCUGACCCCCGACUUUCGCUACUUUCCAAACCAAUAAAAUAAUUUAACAUAAAUACCAGCAUUUACUUUUUAUAUUUAAAACCUUAGAAAUUACAUAACUU